CCAUUCUUAUCAGUUUCGUUUUCUGUUAGAAGGAGUUGGAAGCGAAUAUUCUAGUCAAAACAAACUCGGUGAAUCGAUGGAACGGAUUGCCGCAAAUUUUAUUCUUUUUGAUUUCAUAUCGAUGACGUUUCAAGUCGCAUAAAGUUUUUAGCAAAGUAUUGCAUGUGCUAAUGGAGUAAAGCUAAACUAAUUGUUAGAAACUAAUCCUCGCCAUCCAUUAUUAACCGACGAGCUAUGACUCAGAACCUCAAGGGCACAAUGAAAACUGGAUUCAUUUAUUUGUUGCUGAUUUGUGCAUUCUUGUUCACCACUUUCUCCAAUGUUACAUCAAAUGCUCCAAUCCCGUCCGAAAAGACAAGUUCUGUUGGUUCCACGAAGGAACAAGCGGAUAUGAACGUGACGCAAACAUCAGCUGUGGUGGAACAGCCGAAGAUAGCAUCUGGAAAUGAAAAAGUUACCAAAAAUGCCACAACAACGAUGUCCCCGGAAAAGAAUGCUGUAGAACAAGAACACUACAGCUCAAUGUCGAUAUUUUUCGUUCUCUGUGUGAUAGCGCUUGGAAUUCUGCUCAUUCACAUGAUGCUACAAACUGGAUUCCAGUAUUUGCCCGAAAGUAUUGUCGUAGUCUUUCUGGGAGCAUUGAUAGGAUUGAUUCUAAAUAACUCCUCCGUGAAGCAUGUUGCCAACUGGGAAAGAGAGGAAGUGUUUUCUCCGACAGCAUUUUUCCUGGUUCUGCUACCACCGAUCAUAUUUGAAUCCGGGUACAACUUACACAAAGGAAACUUUUUCCAGAACAUCGGAUCUAUUCUGGUGUUUGCUAUUAUAGGGACGACAAUUUCGGCUUUAGUGAUUGGAUCAGGUGUUUAUCUUCUUGGACUAGCCGAAGUCGCUUAUCGACUGAAUUUCGUAGAAUCGUUUGCGUUCGGCUCCCUAAUUUCGGCAGUUGAUCCAGUGGCGACCGUGGCAAUCUUUCAUGCUCUGAACAUCGAUCCAAUAUUGAACAUGUUGGUAUUUGGCGAGAGCAUCCUGAACGACGCCAUAUCAAUCGUGCUGACGACAACGGUAAUGCCCAUGGUGUCAGGAUCAGAUGAAGCGGGAAGUACCGGAACGGGUGAAUCAAUCAUCUCGGCACUGAAUACGUUCUGUUUGAUGUUCUUCGCAUCGGCCGGAAUCGGAGUGGUGUUCGCCCUAAUGAGUGCGCUGCUUCUAAAACAUGUAGAUUUGCGAAAGCAUCCCUCGCUCGAAUUUGGUCUCAUGUUGGUGUUUACAUAUGCACCGUAUGUGCUAGCAGAAGGAAUUCAUUUAUCGGGUAUUAUGGCCAUUUUAUUCUGCGGAAUAGUCAUGUCCCAUUAUACCCACUUUAACUUGUCUACAGUAACCCAAAUUACAAUGCAGCAGACUAUGCGAACGCUUGCCUUCAUAGCAGAAACGUGCGUAUUUGCGUAUCUUGGUCUGGCCAUCUUUUCGUUUAAACAUCGUUGCGAACUCUCGUUUGUCAUAUGGGCUAUUAUUCUUUGUCUGAUUGGAAGAGCGUGCAAUAUUUUUCCGCUCGCCUGGUUGGUGAAUCGUUUCCGCGAGCACAAAAUCACAAACAAGAUGGCAUUCAUUAUGUGGUUUUCGGGGCUGCGGGGAGCCAUUUCUUAUGCACUUUCGCUUCAUCUACAAUUUUCUAGCGAAGAAACAAGGCAUGUUGUAAUCACGACUACACUAAUAAUUGUACUGUUCACGACAUUGUUCUUCGGUGGGUCGACGAUGCCACUCAUGAAAUACUUGGCCGAAAAUAAGAAAAGUCGUCGAGCGAGCAGAUCUAGUCGAAUUGGUAAGAAAAGGAAAGAAAAGGCAAUUUCGUUGAGUAAAACACGUGAAUGGGGACAGGCUAUCGAUUCCGAACACCUAUCGGAAUUGACAGAAGAGGAGGAAGUCAGUUUCACUCAAUCAAAACUGGUCGGAUUCGCCCGACUUGAUAGGAAAUUUUUUAUACCAUUCUUUACUAGGAGAUUCACACAUCAGGAGCUUUCCGACUGUAAAAGCCAAAUGACUGAUCUGACAAACAAAUGGUACCAGGCAAUACGAAUCUCACCGGACGACAUCGAAGAAGAAGAUGACGACGAGGAAGAUGUUGUAUCGGUGGCGGCAUCAGAACGGUCAACGAACAUGUUAGUAGAGAACGGAAACAAUCGGAGCAAUCAAAAGUUGGUAGCAGAUCCUCGUAGACCAACAAUGUCAUGAUUUCGGUAGCAGUGAGAAGAUGACUCUUUAUUGUGCAAUACUUCGUUAGACGUUGGGGUAGAGGUGUUUUUGUAAACUCGCUUUGGAAAGGCAUGUUCGAGACGUAAUUUAGUAUUUAUAUCAUAAACCUUAUUAAGGAAAAUAUUUAACGAUUUUGCUGUGCUGUGCUGAUUGAAAAGGGAAGUCUAGCUAACAAAUUUACUCUUCAUUGUUGUAUACCAGCGUUAUUUGUGAAGACACAUGCGCUUAAUGAAAGCCCAAAAUAUUAGCAUUCGUAACCCAAUACUUCUAUAUAAAAGUGAUAUGUAAAUUAUACUAGUCGGGUAAAAGGCAGGUAUGAGUAAAUCAUUCCGAAGUAAAGUUAUGUUUUAUGAAGCAAAAAUCGCACAUUAGACUACGUAGUGGAAAAACUCCAACAUCGUAAAGGACUGUAGAUUUUUAUUACCUGAUGAAAUUUCACAGCUCCUUUUCGAUAUCGGCUUAAAAUUUGUUAUGUUUGUUUGUUGUAAGUAAUAAAUGUUUUAUAGUUUAACAAA